GGACAUUGAGAAAUUCAAGAUGGAGGAGCUGCCUUUACAUGGAAAAAUCUGGCAGGAUAUCAGUCAGUUGGAAAAAGAGAGAUGCAGAAUUGGAAAAGUUGAUAAAGACUUAGAAUUACAUAGGAGUUCAUUGAGAAAUAGAAAAAUGGAACUGAGAAAUAAGCAACAUGAGAAAAAGAUUUCAGAGGCUAUGUUUAACUUCAUGGCAGGUAUCUCACAACCAAAAACCGAAAGUCUCUACUUCCUGAAGUGGCUGAAGAUUCAGCUGGACACCCUCUCUAGACGUCACCUGUCCAAACUGAGAGAGCAAUACAAUGAAUGUAAAAAUAAGCAAGGAAAUGUGAAUGAGAUGGCAAAGUUAGAUGAACAAAUCUCAAGAAGCUCAUUAGGUCCUGAGCACUUCUUCCGGGAACUGGGGCAGAUUUAUGAGAGGGCUUGCUGCCUCCCAGAAAAUGACCCAACUAGGUUAACAGUUGAGCACCUGCCUGCUCUGUGUGCUCAGAUGCUCCUGGACGGGUUUCCAGUUGAGCUGGUCGAUGGAGACACAUCAAACAUCCCAAUGAAGUGGAUAUCAGAGGUCCUGACUCAGCUCCAUCGGCUGGUGGACUCCAAGAGUAGGAUCCUGGUGAUGACUGUGCUGGGAGUGCAGGGCACUGGGAAGUCCACCCUCCUCAACACCAUGUUUGGAGUGCAGUUUGCAGUCAGCAGUGGAAGAUGCACCAGAGGAGCCUUCAUGCUGCUGAUUAAAGUCUCUGAGGAAUUCAAAUCUGAGCUCAAGUGUGACUUCAUCAUGGUCAUUGACACAGAGGGCUUACAAUCACCAGAGUUGGCAGCACUAGACACAAGCUACGAACAUGACAACGAAUUAGCAACACUGGUCAUAGGUCUCAGUGACAUCACAAUCAUUAAUGUUGCCAUGGGGAACAACACAGAGAUGAAGGACAUCCUGCAGAUUGUGGUCCAUGCCUUCCUCAGAACGAAGGAGGUAGGGAAAAAGCCCAGAUGUCUGUUUGUGCAUCAGAACGUGUCAGACAUGUCUGCUCAUGACCGCAACAUGAGAGACAGGAAGAAGCUGAUGGAGCAACUGGAUGAGAUGACCCGGGCUGCAGCUAAAAUGGAGAAGAAAGUAACAUAUACAAAGUUCACAGAUGUGAUGGAGUAUGAUCCUGAUAAAGACAAUUACUACAUCCCUGGACUCUGGCAUGGAACUCCCCCAAUGGCCCCAGUGAAUACUGGCUACAAUGAGGCUGUGUAUGAACUCAAGAGGAGUUUGAUUGGUUCCGUACAAACAUCAGAUGAGGUCAAGAGGAAUAAUGCAAAGGACUUUCUGAAGUGGACUGUGGUUUUGUGGGAUGCAGUGAAAUAUGAAAAGUGCCUGACGAAAGCUGAAGAAUUCACCAAGGACUGUUUGACACCAGCAGUGGAGGACUACAUCACCAAAAGGCUCGGCUGUGAUAUCGCAGAUGAAAUGAUGACAGGGGAUGUGGGGUUGGAUUUCAGCACACGCACUCACUUCCAGUUUGCCAUUUUAAAGCAGCUGCUUGAUGAGGACACCUUUGAAAAAUUCCAAAAAUACACAGAUAACUACAAAACAUUUGUUAAUGAAUGGAUCUUGGUCAGGAUAAUAGAAACCUUUUCACAGAAUGAUAAGUGGCAAAAACUAAAGCUGAAGCAUCUCUCUGAAGUGGUGCAGAAAAUAAAAGAUGCAACCACUCAAGCCAAAGAGGAGAUUGAGGAGAACACAGACAUGAAAAAGUUCAUACAGAAAAUACGGGCUCAUCUUGAAGACCAACUAAUAUUCCAAGAAAAUGAUUUCGUUAUCAUCCUGAACAAGGCCGACACACAGCAGUUUGCAGAUAAUCUCAUAUACUUCCUCUUAAAAAUGGAGCAGUCCUUAACUAAGGAGUACAACAGCCCAACCUCCCAAGAUGAUCUUCAGGAAGCCAUCAGACACCUGCCAUUCAAACCCCAUGAGCUGCUCUUCAAUAGACUUUAUGGAUGUGGACAUCAGUGCCCCUUCUGCGGAACACCCUGUGAGGCAGGAGGGGGGGGGCACACCCAACACUACUCCAACAUGCACCGGUCUAAAGGACUUGGCCGUUACAUCUGUGAGUACUCCAACAAGUUGGUAACUGAUAUCUGCACAACUGCUGUGACCACUGAUAAAUCAUUUAAGAGUUCUAAAACCAAAGGAGAAUGGCACCCCUACAAGAAGUACAGGGAAAUCUACCCUGACUGGGAGAUAAAUGGAGAUGCAAGUGUGGAGGCCUCAGACUACUGGAAGUAUGUGAUGAUGACAUAUAAUGAUAAAUUUGCCUAUUCUUAUUCUGCUCUCCCAGCAGAUAUUCCAAAAACCUGGAAAGAGUUGACCAAAGCCCAUGCCAAAAUAAGCUUGAAUAAGUCAUUCAACAUUGUGGAAUACAAAGCAGAAGCAGAUUAAGAAUCCUAACCCAGAUGUGCUGAAUUUUCUUAUUAAGACUUGCUUACAGAAAUUAACGGUUUGAAGUGUGGUGGCAAAUUACUGGUGAACAUAUUUGCCACUGGUGGAAAACUUAUCAUUGUUGGCAAACCUUUGUUGGAAGUUUGCCUCUAGGGGCCAACAUUGACAAACUUCUGGCAAUAUUUUCUUGUGAACUCAUUUGUUUCCCACAUCUGCCGCAAAUUCUAUUGGAGGAGGACAUUCACGAUCAUAAGUAAUUUUGUAGUAGCAAAACGAACUAAUGCAACUGAAAUGCCUUCAACAUGUCUAUUUGAUAAUGAAGUAUGCCUGGAAGACUAGACUAAAGAACACAAAUGGAUAUGGAUAGAACCUGGUUUUAUUUAAUGUCACAAUUUGCAGCAAUUUUAUUUGCAUAAUUAAACACCAUGGAUGUAGUGAUUAAUGUCAUGUAAUAACAAACAUUAACUCUUGCCUCAGUGUGAUGAGAUGUGAUGAGUGAGUUGCUUAUUCACAUGUUUAGACUCCAGAGUGAUAAAGAAUAAGCAUUUUUAAAUGUCCCUAUCAGACUUUACUGUUGGCAGCAACAGCUUUGGUUACACGACCCCCAUACUCUGACCACAUGUUGUUUAAGGAAGUCUGAUAUGAUUUAGUUUCAUUCUGUGCUGUAACAGUGAAGGUGUAAACUUGUCUUUAUUCUUUCAUUAUAUAAUAUAUGAUUUUGUUUACUGAUUAAGGUAAGAAAUGAAAUAUGUGACAUGAGCUUCUCUGUUUGUUUUCAUCAAUAAACGAUUGCAGUACAAAUACACACACAAAGCACACACUCACACACACUCUCUCUCUCUCUCUCUCUUUAAAUGUAAAACUCCAUGACUUUUCCCUGACUUUCCUUGACAAAAGAACCUGGAUUUCCAUGACUUACUAUAUAAUUAUAUAAAUACAUAGAAUAGAAUAGAAUGUAUACUUUUUUGAUCCCGUGAGGGAAAUUCGUUUCUCUGCAUUUAACCCAAUUUAACCGAAUUAGUGAACACAGCACACACACAGUGAGGUGAAUCACACACUAACCCAGAGCAGUGAGCUGCCAUGCCCAACCAGCGGCGCUCGGGGAGCAGUGAGGGGUUAGGUGCCUUGCUCAAGGGCGCUUCAGCCGUGGUGGACUGGUCGGGGAUCGAACCGGCGACCUUCCAGUCACAAGCCCGAAGCCCUAGCCAGUACACCACGGCUGCCCCACAUUAACCAAGAAGUAAAGCUAAUAACCAGAUAUGCUCCAAUUCUGCAUCUGAAAUAGUUGAAUGAAUGUACUAUUUUUGGCAAAUACAGUACAUUUGAAACUGCUACAACAGAAUCCCAUGUUGUCCCCCAAAAAUGAUACAAUUCCCUGACUUUCCAUGUCUGGAAUAGACUUUCCAAAAUUCCAUGAUAUUCCAGAAAUUUCUUGACCAGUGGGAACUCUGCAUACAUACACACACAUUACACAUUUUCAAUAAAUCAUUGUACCAUUUUACUCAAUUUGAUUGGUUUAUCUUUUCAUUUAUGAUUUCUUUAUUUCACUCAUGUUUGUCUGAAGUUGGAUGUUGUCAAUGAAGUUGUGUGUGGUCCUUCAUUUUAGUGCAAAGAUCAAUAAAAAUGGAUACACUUGGCGUAAA